CUAAACUCUCUUAUUCCAGUACCACCCAGAAAUAUCCUCAUUGUUAUUAAUUUGCAAGUUACAAGUGGAAAUUCGAAAUGAGUCAGUAAAGUUGCUAUGAUUUAGAGAUAAGGAAAAAAGUCGUUUUUCAAGUAGUAUUCUGUACCAACAUAAAGGUGUUGUUCUUCCAUCCAUGCUUGGUACAUUCUAGUACACGCUUCUUAGAGCACGGAGUAAUAUUUAGUUUGUUUUCCGACUGAGUUUUACUUUAAUUUGGUAUUAUAAAGCUGCGUAUCAUCAAGAUGUCAUCAAGCCAAGUAGUCAACACUUCAAUUCUUAAAUCUAAUUCAGCAUUUCCUGUAAAUCAACUUCUCAAAAGAAAAGCCAUUGAAGACUAUCAAAACGCGAGCAAGCAACAGAAAAUUUGCCUUGUGAGACCGUUUCCAAAACAGGCACCGAGGUGCCGUUACUUCCCCAAAUGCCGGAUGGGUCAGAAGUGCCACUUUGUUCAUCCCAAGUGUAAAUACAACGCUGCAUGCAGGAAUCCAAAAUGUGCUUACGUUCAUGUCGGUCCCAGGAAAUUGGAGUUCUUAGAUAUUAACAACAAUGAAGUUAAUCCAUACAAAUGGAAAAAGGAAGAGAAAGAAGAAACCGAUGAGCAGAAAAUGGAGUCUAGUUCUGAGACCCAAUGAAUGAACAUCGGAGAGUUCUUUUUACUCAUUGCUAACAACAAGUUCUCGAACGACUUAAACUGGAAAACUUUCUUAUUUUGUUUUUCUCCAAUUUACUUAAAUUUACUUGUGAUUUCAAAGCACGUGAUUUAACUUUAAAAUGUUGUUUCGAUUAUGUUUUUGCUUUAUAAUAAAAUCUGGUGAAUAUUUUUCCAA